ACACCAGGUCAACAUUAAGUUAGCACAAACUUAGUGGGAUUAAUUACAAAUUAAACGCGCUCCGCCCCGGCCCCCAUUGUUUCCCUAUUUUACGGUUUUAGGCAAUUCGUUAGCCGCCAUGCUCGACAACCUCGUGGAAAUCGCCAGCUACUGGUGGUUCCGAUACCUCAUGGUCACCGAGCUGUACAUGGUGGAGAAGUGGGAGCGCGUAACGAUACACGUCAUAUUCAUGGUGCUGUUCUGUGUGUUCUGGUACUUCAACUACUCCGUCCUGCUCUCCCUGGCCGGUCUGAUCUCGCCCGGUGCGGCCAUGGCGGAUAUCUUGCCCGAGAUGUCAGUGGCUUCGGGUCUCAAGGUCACCUAAGCGCUCUGGCCGCUUUUCCAGUAUCCAAAACAACAAAAUAUCCGAGCACCGGGGCGCUGCCUCUCGGCAAAACUUUAUCUAAUCCACAUCCGCACGCGUUUACACAAGCAAUCAAUGAAUGGUCUGGGAGGUGGAGGUGGCACCUGGUACUGGCGACGAACGACACAUGUUCAACGACGAUCGAUCUAAUCGUCAAAUGAUCCGAAUCUGAAGUGGACAACAGCCGGGAAGUGUCCACCACUAGCUAGCGACGCCCUGCCGCACCGUUUAACGUAGUUAUCUCUAGCCGUAGUUACAAGUUUAAUGUCCGUAAAUAAAGCAAACGCUUACACAA